CCCAGCCUUUUACCGUUCAAGGCCCAACCUAUCCACACUGGAUGGAUGGCACAGACCAAAAUGGAUGUGUUCUGACAUCUUCCAAGGCUACCGACAAACUGGAAGCUUAGAUCUCUCACUGUGGUGGGGGAGGGGAUGGUGUAAACCACACGCGUCCUCCCACCCCACCAUCUGCAGGAGAUCCGAGUUCUCCACACUCACAUCUCAGACACCUCGGUCAUCGUCACGAUGGACAACAGCCUAGACCUGAACAUGGACAGCAUUGUGGCCGAGAUCAAGGUGAACUAUGACGACAUUGCCGGCCGCAGUCGGGCCGAGGCUGAGAGCUGGUACCGCAGCAACUGUGAGGAGAUGAAGGCCACGGUGCUCCGGCAUGGGGAGACCCUGCGCCGCACCAAGGAGGAGAUCAACGAGCUGAACCGCGUGAUCCAGAGGCUGACGGCCGAGGUCGAGAAUGCCAAGUGCCAGAACUCCAAGUUGGAGGCCACUGUGACCCAGGCGGAGCAGCAGGGCGAGGCGGCCCUUAAUGAUGCCCGCUGCAAGCUGGCCGGGCUGGAGGAGGCCCUGCAGAAGGCCAAGCGGGACAUGGCCUGCCUGCUCAAGGAGUACCAGGAGGUGAUGAACUCCAAACUGGGCCUGGACAUCGAGAUCGCCACCUACAGGCGCCUGCUGGAGGGCGAGGAGCACAGGCUGUGCGAGGGCGUCGGGGCUGGGAAUGUCUGCGUCAGCAGCUGCCACGGUGGCGUCGUCUGUGGCGAUCUCUGCGCCUCCGGCACUGCCCCUGCUGUCACCACCAGCGUCUGCAGCGCGCCCUGCAGCGACAACGUGGUGGUGGGCACCGCCGACGCCUACGGCCCCUGCUCUGGGCUGGGCUGCAGCAUCGUGGGCUCUAAGAGGUGCUAG